AUGACUAAACACAAGAAGAAGCUGCAUAAUAUUCCACAUCCACCAUCUGAGUCAGACGAUAUUGUCGACCAUAUAAAUACUACUCACGAAGAUGUUGAAGCUAUACCAACAGAUCCUAUAACACCUGUUGAAGUAGAAGUAGAAGCAGAAGUUGAAGAAGAAGGAGCCACCCGAGCAGAGCCGGAAGCUGAGGAUGAGGAGGAAGUCCAAGUAGUGGCGAACGAGCCUCGAGAAGAAUUGAUUGAAGAUUCUAAACCUAUUGAACACAAUAAUGGUUAUGAUAUUGCUGAAUUACAAGCCCAAAUAUCUAGCUUAACUUUAAACACCACUGACUUGACCGAACAACUAAGACAAACUGAAAUAGAGCGUGAUGAAAUUCAACAGUCUUAUGAUAAUUUAUUAAGUAGGAUUUCUUCAAUGAAGACUAUCUUCAGUAAAAUGAAACAAUCCGAAAUUGAAUUAGAUGAAAAGACUGAAUUGGUUGAACAAUUAUCAGCUGAAAAUGAAUCAUUAAAGUUACAGGUUGAAGAAUUAUCUAAGAAUGCACAACAAGCUGAAAUAGUUGCAGAAUUACAGGAACAAAAUACUGAUUUAAAUAAUGAAUGUGAACGUUUAAGUGAUUCAUUAACCAAAUCGAGAAGAGAAUAUCAUGCUACUAUUGAAGAAUUACAAGAUGAGAAAUAUAAUCUUGAAAACCAAAAUUCUAAAUUAUCAAAGAAAAUAAAUGAAUUAAAUCUGGAAUUAAAUGAUUUAAAAAUUAUCGAGUCAGAAAUUAAUGUGGAAAAUAAAACAUACAUUACUACGAUUGAUGAGUUAAAGGAAAAACUAGAAUUGAAAGAUAAUGAGCUACAAGAAGCCAAUAAUACUAUUGACAAAUUGAACUCGGUGAUUUCAGAAACUCAAACUAGUUCAAAGGAUACGAUAUCUUCAUUACAACAAGAAAUUGAAACAUUAAACACCAAAAUUUCAGACCAAUCAACCCUUAACAACACAUUAGCAUCAGAAAUAUCCACCAAAGAUCAACAACUAGCCGAAUUACAACAAGAAAUCAAACAAAUCGAUGAACUUAAGGUUGAAAUCAAUAAUAAACAAUUAGUAAUUGGGAAAUUACGACAUGAAGCAAUCAUCCUAAAUGAACAUUUAACAAAAGCAUUAACGAUGUUAAAACAAGGUGGAGAUGGAACCAAUAAAUCAAUAGAUCGAGAAUUAAUCUCAAAUGUAAUUAUAAGUUUCUUACAAUUCCCCAGAGGUGAUACUAAAAAAUUUGAAGCAUUACAAUUAAUAAGUGCAUUAUUGGAAUGGGAUCAACUGCAAAAAAUUGCAGCUGGUUUACAAAAUACUUCAAAUUCAAAGGGGGGACCACAAUCGGAUAAUGGGAAUCCUCUGAAACAAAGCUUUGUAUCCUUAUGGACUGAUUAUUUGGAACGGGAAUCAAGUAGUAAGUAG